AUGGGCGACAAUCAGACCGAAGAGAGCGAACUUCCUCAUGGCUGGGAGAAGCGGAUGUCUACAAAGAACGGACAGGUCUACUACUUCAACAAUUUCACCGGCCGAAGCCAAUGGGAACGCCCGACACAAGCCGCCGGUGGAAAGGGCGCCAAUCUUCAAGAGGUCCAAUGCCUUCAUCUUUUGGUGAAACACGCCGGUUCUCGUCGCCCAUCCUCAUGGCGUAGCGAUAAUAUCACGCGCUCGAAGGAGGAUGCCGUCAAUAUCUUGAAAAAAUACAUCGGUGAACUCGACACGGCUGACAAUAAGGAAGAGAUUUUCCGGCGCUUGGCCGCCCAGUACAGCGACUGCUCUUCCGCCAAACGGGGAGGCGAUCUCGGGAUGUUCAAACGCCGACAAAUGCAAAAGCCCUUUGAAGAUGCAGCGUUUGCCCUGGAUGUCAAUGAGAUGAGCGGCAUCGUUGACACCGAGUCUGGUAUGCACAUAAUUUAUCGAAUCGCU